AAUCAGACGCCGAUUUAUGGUGCAUGCAUUCAGCUCUCUACACAUGUAAAUGAAUGACGCUGGCUUUUGGAUCACCAUAUGAACUAUGACAGCAUUCAACAGUAACUUUCCGCUGCAGGUCAGAUGCUCACUCAAACUGUUCAAGUCAGGUGGGAUUGACUGAUGCCGUCUUUUCAGUCGGUGUAACGGAAAAAAUCUCUCAAUAUAAUUACAUUCUCAAGAAAGGAACGGAAUAAGAGCAAGAAUGACAGAUAUAAUGAACAACCCAGAACACAGUCGGGAAGACUUCACUGUGAGUGCCUCAGGAGAGCAAGGUGUUUCUUUUCAGAUUUUUCCAGACACCAAAGAGCGCCCGCCCAAGCUGUCCAAACGCCUCCCCUCCAUCGUGGUGGAGCCCACAGAAGGAGAGGUGGAGAGCGGAGAGUUACGUUGGCCCCCAGAUGACACCACAGACCCCGCGAGCCAAACACACACACCCUCCCAAGAGAUCACACAGAUGUCCGAUUCACAAAGCAAGAGUGCAGAUGAAGUCAAGAGCAGCGAUCUGGAAACAUCAGGGGCAGCCGAGCGUAAUUGAAAUUUAAUAAAGAUGUUUCCACAAGUCUAUCAUUAUCACAAGUCUCGCGUCUCACUCUAGCAAUUCUCACACGUUGAUACACACAAACACAUACAUACUGACAACCACAUAAACAGCGAAUCUCGCAGGCAGGUGUGAAUGAGAUCAGAGCUCACGAUGCUAUAUAUAAGCACUUUUAUCAACACAUUCAUGGCUUUUAUUAUUUCAACCUCUCAAAUACCUUUAAAUAACUGCUGAGUUUUUGGUGUGGAUUUGGUUUAUACUUUACACAGCAUUUAAAUGUAAAAGCACAGCUCGUUAGUUGUUCAUGAAAAUCUGAUUAUGAAACUACAAGAGUGCAGAUUAGAUGUACCUCCUUAAUAUUAAAUGGUAAACUGUUCAUUUAGCCAUGAUAAAUUAUUACUAAAUUAUUCAUUCCAAAUCAAAUGCAUAGUAGUUAUGAAAUCUUGAUUUGAUAUUAUGCUCUUUGCAAAUUAUUCAUUACACCCUUAAUGGUUGAAAACUUACAUUGCACGGUUUGCAUCAUCUGCCUUGGAGGAAUGGAUGCCACUGAACUUCAUACAUAUCCGCCUGUCAAUCAUUCUGAGGACAAGAACAUACUUAUUCCUCCUUUUCGACUCUCGGCAAACUUAAAAUUAUCAGAGGCUUGUUGUGCACGUAUACACAAUACUUUUAAUGCUGUGCUAAACAAAGCACAAUGGGAGCCGGAGGCAGAGACAGCCUGGUUUACUGGGAUGAACUGUAUUUAUAAAGACCUUUAAUGCAAUAGUUGUAGUUUAGGUAAUACUGAAUGAUGUUGUUGGGAUUUUCACAACUGUUAAUUUCACAAUAUACACUGCACUCAUGAUAUAUUCACAUAAUCUCUAAAUGACACUGGCUCGAUGUGUAUUUAUGUUGUUUAUAGUCUCUUUUGAAAUGUUUUGUGUACAAUACUGUAAGUAUACUAAAGAUGUGUUUGCACCCCUUGUCAAAAGAAAACUGACAUCAGCUUUUUUUAGUUUGCAUGCAUUGGAAAUUGUCCUUUGGUCCGUUUUAGUUUUUUAUUUGAAAGUUAAAUAUUUAACCAGCAGAUACGCACUUACUGGAGGUUCAGUCUUCUUGUAGUUAAAUACUGAUUUGACCAUGUUAAAAUGUUUUUAUUUGAUUUUUCUUUAUUAAGGUUUUUACAAAUAUUAACAUCUGAUUGCCUUCUUUCUCAUUCUAAAUGUGAAGUAAAAAGGUACAAAAUUAUUGAUAUUUUUAUAUUGCUCCUAAUAUGUAUAUGUUGUAUUGUUUUUUAUGUCAAUAAAAGUUAAUGUUAGAUAA